AUGUCUAUUCCCGCGAGCUUACCUUUUCCUCGGUUGCAGGACGCCCUGAUCGAGGGCCGUCUGGCCAACGUGUUCUACCGUCGCGACCAGCUGCGGCAUCUGCAGGAGGGACUGGUGCGGCAAAAGGAUGCGCUUCAGGCGGCCACGGUGCAGGACGGCAGCAGUACGGUGCCCGAAGCACUGGCUGAGCUGUACCUGACCCUCACGGCCGUCAAGCAAUACCACGACGGGCUCAAGCCGGCCGGGCCAGACGGGCUGAUUGCAGCCGAAUACCGCAUUACCCAUGGACGAGAUGCGGCCGAUGCGCAGGAGCGCGUUGGGAUUGCCGUAAUCGUGCCCCAGAGACACACGCUGGUAUACUCGGUGGUCGUCCCGCUGGCGGCGGCCAUUGCGGCCGGGAACUGUGCUGUGGUCGUGCUAGAGAAGACGCUACAGAGCCUUCCGCCGCUGCUGUCGGGUCUGCUGGGCGAAUGCAUCGACCGCGACAUCUGGGAGCUCGUCUCGAGCCGACCGGCCGGCCUGGAUGCCUCCGACUGCUGCAUCCAGGUCGUGCAGACGGGCGACGACGCCGACAAGGACACGAGCACGCCCCGGACACUUCUCUCACCGGUUCGGGCGCUCGUCGUGGCCAUUGUCGACCGCACGGCCAACCUAGAGCAGGCGGCCCAGCAGCUGGUCGAUGCGCGGCUCCGAUUUGGCGGCCGGUCGCCGUACGCGCCGGACAUCGUGCUGGUCAACGAGUUUGCCAAGCAGGACUUUCUGCGGGCGGCUGUGCAGCACUGGAUCCGAUACACGACCGACGGAGGACCGCUGGAGAAGAAACCGGAAAACGGUGCGACAGCCGGCAAGACAGUCCCGAGCCAGAACGGCGUCCGGACAGUCACGGCUGGGUCCGACAGCCGGAUCGAGGACGUGCUCGACCGGUCCACGCUGUUGCAGGCGCCGGAGCGGAACAAGGUCUGCGAAAGAGCCCUGCGCGUGCAUGCAGUCCGCAGCUUGGACGACGCGGUCGAGCUCAUCACCGACAUGACGCCAACUUCGCCGCUGGCCGUCUACGCGUUUGGCGACCUGCCGAGCUGCAAGUACCUGCUGCAGUUCACAUCAGCACAUGCCGGCUUUGCCAACACGAUUCCGCCCGAGCUUCUCGUUGGGCCUGCUGCCCCUAAAGACUACGCGCUCUCGCUUACCGCCCGAUAUGAUCCCGGCCUCUUCUCGGUUCCGCGGCCCAAGUUUGCAGAAACCUCUGCGCUCUCGCGCGAGAUGGCCGCCAUCCUCGACAGCCGGCCAGCGGCCGUGGAGGCGAAACUGCUGCGGAAGGUGGAGCUUGAGGCGAGGGCACCCGUCCGCCUGAUUACCGGGUACUUUGAAAUGUCCGCCCUGGUCGGCCUGAUUACGCGGGUAGCUUUUGUUGGCGCGUUGACGUGUUACGGUGUGCAAAAGGUGGUCAGUCUGCGGAACUGA